UUGACGGAGCCAAUGAGCAGAUUGGUUCUGACAACUACAUUCGGAAACUGAUAUUUGACUUUGAUGACAGACGAUGUUCCGAAAUUUGCCUUUAAUACAUUGUAUCUAGGCAAGAUAAAUUUAUCAGAAGGGAAUUUUUGUGAGGCCAUUGUCCAAAGGAUUCGAUUAUGAAAAAGCGGUCACCUGAGCAAGCGGAAAACAAAGCCAGAUUUGCGUAAUCCUGUCCAACAAGACAAAGCUGAUUUCAACAUUUUGUUGCCGAGUUCCUUUGUGCACCAAUAGGCCUACCUACAGCACUUGGAUCUCCUUUUGAAUAUUCUGUUUCUGGUCCGAGAGGGAACAAAGCUCCGCCAGAAUCAUUUGGAAUACCACCAAAGAUGAGGAAGGGGAUCAGUUUCAAAUUAUCAAUUUGAUAACGUUACUGUUGAUUUCAUUCGUGCGCCUGCAACUGGCAUGAAAAUUGAGUCACCUUUUUUCUACUUUCGGUCCAAGGAAACCCACCUUUUUCGGAGUGUCCGAGAUGAGGAAGGGAUACUACAGGUCCUUCUCGGGAGUGCCGGCUCACUUCUUGUUAGGACAGGUAUAUAAGGAGGAGCAAUCGUGAUCGUCCUGGUUUUGUCAGCUUCAUAUCACCACGUGACCUCAUCCCCCAUCAAAAAACGACCAACCAGAAUGGAGAAGAUAUCAACUGUGGGUGUGACUACAUCAGGGGUCGCCACUAGACCGCAUCUCCUCCGCCAUCUUCGCAGCGUCCCUGAUGAAACGAGUCGGUUGGGAGUGAUUGUUGGAAGACUGGAACACAUAUCAUAUCUAACGAACAGAUUGUCAAACGAGUUUUUGGCCAGAUGUCGCCUUGGAAAUGACCAGGAUUUUAUUUCCAACAUUGCAAGAUGUCACUUCCCCGGAACACCACAUGUUGCAGAACUGACGCCUCGAGUUGAGCUGAAUGGAACCUGUGGAUACAAGAUCGUCCGGAUCGGAUUCUGUGAUGAUGUCGCCACUGGCCCACAGUUCAAUUGUCGACGAAUCCGACUUGAAGUGGCUGAGAAUCAAACUUCGCUGGUCAGAGUCGAAAGAGGAUAUCCAGGACUGCUGAGGUUCGUCGUCAAGCAAACCUUAGCCACGGUGCAGGAAUAUCGCGUUCAUCUGAGCCACGUUCAAGCUAGAGCAGUAAACUGCACACAGGACAGUGAUGAAGUUUUCGGAAGUAUUACAACAACAAUGCAAGAUCUAUUGGAGUACCUUCAGAUAUAUGUAAGGUUUACUGACGGAGGUGACACCAAUGGGCAUCUCAAUGAAAAACCUUUACCCGACUUCCGGCAGGAGAGAGCUAGAGGAAACGAUUAUGACUACAUGGUCGUUAGGGACUUUAAGAAAGCAGUAGACUAUAUUUUGGAAAUGUAUGCUCAUAUCAACAAUAUCAUCCCGCAAACUCGUCAAAGAAAUAGGCCUAGGACUACUCAUAGGCAUAUAUAGUAAGUGAGUUAUGCAAGUGAUCCGCCAGCUUCCCAGAACGUUGCUGAUACAUUCCAGAUAAGAAAAACUUCACCGUCAAAUCCUUUUCGACACCUUCCCGUACAUUUUUGCAAAUUCAUGCGGUGAGUGCAUUUGCGCGACGAUGAUAUUAAUGGGAUCGUGUCGGGAUAGUGACGGGAACGUAUCGGGAGCCGGAUUAACCUCAUUCGGAAUGAAACUGUCCUCUGUAUAGUAAGACUAAUCAUCUUAUUUUUAUUUUGGUGGUGAAGGGUGGUGGGUUUACCUGUGGCCUCACUGGCAACGAAACCAAAAAACCGGAGGAAGUGCCGUAACGUACACAAAAUCGAGAUGAAAUAUUCACUCAAUCUUGGCAGCUCUGAGUCAAAUAGAGCUAAUUAAAAUGUCGAGUUUUGGUAAAUACAUGGCUCGGAUGGAUCCAAGUGGAAUUAAUUCUCAAUAUGUGGUUGAUUCUAAAUCUACAGAGAAAUAUGCUUGCUGAUAAUAUAUUUACGAAAAUGUGGUCUCACUAGUCAGUUUAGAACAGUUUAAUAUUUUAAUGGGCCAUAUCAAUGCAAGUGACAAUUUGACGGAUUUGCUGUACAGAUGUCAUUUUUUCUCAGGCAUUUGGUAUUGGAAUGUUGUAAAAUGUUAUCGUGAUAUUGGUAAAGGUUAUUUUUAACACAAAUAAAAUUUGGUGAGGAUUUAUUGGCCCUAUGGGUACUUACCAAAACCCAUGUAUAGCAAUGCACACGUGAUCUACAGUGUCUAAUACAGGGCUCGCCUCUAUUUGGCCCGGCAUUUUUCUUUGGACCCGUUAUAAAAUUAGUAGUGGCGGUAUAAUUGUACUGGAGAUAAUUUGAUACGGUGACAGCAACAUUAUUUCAUAGCAGGCCAUUACACUACCAUGUAUAAUUCAAUUUCAGUUAAGGCGUUAUUAAAAAAAAACAACCUUGGAUUGCAUAUGGUACACGAGAUACAU